GCCAUUUCGUCGCAGCUCUCCCCAGCCCUCAGAAGCUCAGUGCUGCAGCAGUAGUCACUCGCCUAAUCCACCAAUCAUGACCGACGGAGCUAUAUCCUUCGCCAAGGACUUCUUGGCCGGCGGUGUUGCUGCUGCUAUCUCUAAGACCGCUGUGGCACCCAUAGAGCGGGUCAAGCUUCUGCUACAGGUCCAACAUGCAAGCAAACAGAUCACAGUCGACAAGCAGUACAAAGGAAUCAUGGACUGUGUUGUCCGUAUCCCCAAAGAACAAGGUUUCGUGUCCUUCUGGCGUGGUAACCUUGCCAACGUGAUCCGAUAUUUCCCUACCCAGGCCCUCAACUUUGCUUUCAAAGACAAGUACAAGCAGAUCUUCCUUGAUAAUGUUGACAAGAGAACCCAGUUCUGGCGUUACUUUGCUGGAAACCUGGCAUCUGGUGGUGCUGCUGGGGCCACCUCACUGUGCUUCGUCUACCCACUGGACUUUGCCAGAACACGUCUAGCUGCUGAUGUCGGUAAAGCUGGUGCUGACAGAGAAUUUAGAGGUCUUGGAGACUGCUUAGCAAAAAUCUUCAAAUCUGAUGGGUUUAAAGGUCUCUACCAGGGUUUCAAUGUGUCUGUCCAGGGCAUCAUCAUUUAUAGAGCAGCUUAUUUUGGAAUCUAUGAUACAGCUAAAGGUAUGCUACCUGAUCCCAAGAACACACACAUUUUUAUCAGCUGGAUGAUUGCUCAGACAGUAACAGCAGUGGCUGGUUUUGCCUCCUAUCCAUUUGACACAGUCCGGCGUCGUAUGAUGAUGCAGUCUGGAAGGAAAGGAGCUGAUAUCAUGUACAGUGGCACAAUUGACUGCUGGAAGAAGAUUGCAAAGGAUGAAGGUUCAAAGGCUUUCUUCAAGGGUGCCUGGUCCAAUGUACUCCGAGGGAUGGGUGGCGCUUUCGUGUUGGUCUUGUAUGAUGAGAUGAAGAAAUACAUCUAAACCUGGCCAAUGUCUCACCUGGCAUGCUGUAUUAUGUAACAUACCCUGAACGUUCUUGGACUUUCAAAAUUUUUUUUUUUUUUGAUCAAACACACCUUUUAUUUAUAUAACUAGUAAUAUCUUACUGGUAUCUGGGGAUCAGUUCUAUUCCAUCACAGCAGCUUUCCAUAUUAAUAUGAAUCAUUCCCUCUUCCCCAGUUACUGUCAAUGAGGCCUGCAACAUAGAAUUUGUAUUGCUCCGUGGGUGGUAACUGGGCUGACUUGUCGGGACCCUGUGCUCCUUUAUUUUUUAUUUCAGUCAUUCAUGUUUUUAAGUAACUUAGGUUUGAGGAAAUAAAAAAUAUGGAUCUA